AUGCACUUGUUCUACUCACCAUUUAUUACACAAGAUGCAUUUUCAAUAGAUCUUCCUAUAAGAAAGGAUGACAAGAGUACUCUCGCGCCCCACGAAGCCCGUUACGGAGUCGAUGCUGUCUUCCGCGGUGAUGUUGAACUACAGGGACACGAGAUUCUUCAUUACAUCCGCGGCCGCCUCGAAGCCAAAUACAUUCAUCGGAUCUGGUAUACCCAAUUUAAUGGAAUGCAUACCAAGCGCGAUCUAGAAAGCAUUCAACAACAUUCAGCUUUGAGCUUCUGCAACAAGACUUUUCCCAUCUUUUUGUUCUCGGAUCGCAUCAGCUCCAGCAACAGAACUCUAGGGCCCCUAAUCCACAUCGCCGUGCUCAACUACAUUCAUCGAGUCUAUUUCAAGCCUUAUCGUACUGAUAUUGAGUAUGAUCAGUUCUUGGCCAAGUUGCUUCGGUUGGACUCUAUUGCACUACUUGAUGAUUCCUCGGCAACCCGCUUGGGAUUGGUCCUGAACCGAGCAAUCUGCAAAAGGGUCGAUCGCGCCUUGCUUGAUGCUGACGUCCCGGGACGCAAGCAUUAUUCUAUCCGCCCAUUGUUUCGAGCUUUGUCUGUCGUCAUACGGCAGAGCGACUACCCGAGCUGUGGAGUCAUCUCGGAUAUUUCUCAGCUACCAGUUUUUCUUGUUCUCACUGGGAGCACGGAUGGGUUGCACUCAGACAUCCACUCGGAAAUCGACUUGCUCAAGGAUGUCUCUGAGCCUAUUAGUCUUGGACCAGCGCAAGGAGUUCGAACAACUCUCGGUACGGUAACGGCAUUGAUUAUGAGGCUACAAGAGCAAGAAGACCGCAUUUUCGGCCCAAAGCCGGAUACAGUUGAAUCAGCAAAGGAUCCUAAGAUACUUAAGCAUCUAUACGUCCUGGAACAGUUCCAGGCCGAGAAGAUGGGAUGGGGGAAGCGUCCCUUGAAGGGACCAAGCUCUCAAUGGGUGGACACGCAUAAAUAUCCUAUAUGGACUGGCGAGGGUGCUCGUACGGAUAUGUUAAAAGCUUGCCUGGAUGCUACGAGUACUGAGCAUGCAAUGAUCUGCAAAUGCCCAUGCCUUUGA